GUUCCAUUGAGCGUUGUUUACAACAAAAAUAAGACGCCCACUUUUGAUAACACGUUCACUAUGGAUCUCCGCAAAAGUAGAGCAACAACAACCACCGUUACUCUCUCAUGUCUUCUCCUCGUUUCUUCAUUCUACACUCUCUCCACCGCAACAUCAGCCACAAAUCCACCCUCGUACCAACUAUUUCUAUUUGUAGGAUUCGUUCUAGCCGCAGCUUUGUCGCUUCUGAUACUUGUCACUGCUGCACGAGCCACCAUGGUCGCGUGGAUAACAGUGAUCGUCUUGCUGGCCUUCUCGGGUACACGCCGCCGUGUUCUGGCGAAGCAGGGAAAGAUGAUAACGACGGACGUGGCUAUGUGCUUGGUCAGGGUUCUGAUUAGUGAGGCAGAUCCUCGUGGUUAGUCUGAUGGGGUUAGUACGAUGUUAAAGAGUAUUUACUAUAUACAUAUUAUCCAUGUAUAUAACUUCAACUUAUUCGUUUUGCGAAUGAUUUUCGGUUUUAUUUUUAUUAUAUAAUCAAAUGUAAGUUUCGAGUAUCUAUAUAUCUGUGUAUGUGGAAUUCUUCAAAUGUUCAUUAAAUGCUAGUCAAGUUAUGAGACAAAAUUCAGUUCAAAACAAAAAGUUAUGAGACAAAUUUUUGGUGAACAGUUACAAAAUAAGAAUAAAAUUGGGAAAAUUGUUUUUUGGGCCAAAAAAUGAUAACUAUGCAGUAUGUCUUAUUAGACUAAUUUAUUUUUUGUACCAUUUUUUCCUCUAAUACCUUUUAGUAUUUUCCAACAUAAAUUAAAUAAAUAGUUUUACAAACAAUUUUAUAAAAAAAAUAGUAACUAUUGAUAAAAUACAUAUAUCAACUUAUUGGUAUUUUUUCAGUUUUAAAAAUAUUUAAAUCAUAAUUUCAUAGUUUGCUCUACAAAAAGUAGAAUUGACAUUCUACACAGUAAAAAUGUAAUCUACUUUUUUCAUUGAAAUCUAAUAUCUUUAGAAUAUGUGAUCUACGUAAAUAAUAGUAAUCUAAAAAUAUUUGAAAAAUACAUUCCGCGUGUAACCUAUCCAGAAUCUACACAUUACUAUAAAUGUAAAACCUAUAGAAAUCAGAAUCUACACAUUACUAUAAAUCUAAAAUUAGUAGAAAUUAUCGAUUUCAAACAAAAUCGGAAAUUAAAGCUAAAUAUGGUCACAACAUAUCUUAACAGAAUCACAAUAAAUAGCAUAUUGAAUAACAUGCUAAAACUGAACCAGUAAAUAAUUGGAAGAUCUUUUUUGUUCGGUUAGUUUUAGGUGAUUAAGUUAUAUAACCAGGUGGAAGCACCGUAGCCUAUUGGUUAAGGUUUAAAGGCUUUUACACCCAGGUCUGGGGUUCGAAUCCCAGACUAUGUAAUUUAUUGCAGAUUACAGGAAAUCCAGGUUUCAAGUCCCGGAGAAAGCGGUUUAUUAAACAAUUAUGCAGACUACAGAGGAAAUGCUUGCAAGAAAUUUUCAACAUGGUGCAAGUAAAUUUGGCCAGACGUGGAUCUUCAUAGGACGUCUCAAGUGAUGCAGUUAGGCGUAGAUCUUCAUAAGGCAGGUAGUAUUGUCGGUUGUCGAAUCGUCUAUAUAAUCUUUCCUAUAUCAUAAUUGUAACAUCGUAAUAAAUCAGCGUUAAAAAAAAGUUAUAUAACCAUAAAAGGGAAUGACAUUGCUUGUAAAUGUCAAAGCAAAUCAAUGGUAAAUUUUUAUUUGUAAUUCAGUUUUAAUAGAAUAGAUGUUGAAUAUUAAGUUAUAGUUAUGUAUAUAGAGGACAGUAUAGCAAAUGUCAUGGGAGUGUUCACUUUUUAUAUAAUUAUAUUACUACUAUCAUAUAGUUGUAUAACUAUAUAUAACAAUACCAAAAGAACAUUAUGGCGUUUAGUUGACUCGUUAGAGGUAGUAUAUAUUAAAAUUGUCUUAACAUACAUAAACGUUUAGUGAUCCAACGUCUAAACAAACAAAAUGUCAUAUUUACAUACAGGAAAUAUACGGUUAAGAUCAAAAGGAAAUAUUCCUUAAAAAAAGCUAGUGCACUGUUGGAAUAUAUGAAAGAACUAAGAUCUUCCAAUUAUUUACUGGUUAAAGCUAUGGUUAAAGCAAUAUAAAUGUCAAAGCUAGAUGGUUAAAGCAAUGUAAAAUCACAAGUCAAAGAAGUCUCAUGUUUUAAUAGUAUAGUAGUUUUACCGGUGAUGUCUUGUGAUUUUACAUUGCUUUAACCAUCAUUUUGAUUCACAUUUUGUUCAUUUAUAUGUAUUUAGAGAACGUUUAGGUUUAUAGUAUUUGCAUUUGUUGAAAAUAUUUUUCAUGGAAUUUGGAGCAAUUGGAACAUGAAAUGAGGUUAAAGAGGUGAUUUCGAGAGACAGAGUGAAGACAAAGUUUCACAGAGGCCAGAAGCAACGGUCGAGGAGUCCUAACCAUAAGCUGCUGUAGACACAUAGUGGGCAGGUGUAGACAAGAAGUGCCAAACUUGAUAGCGGCAAGUGCAAGCCGCUAGAAGAAAAUAUGUACUUCCUGUUCGGAAUCAGGAAGAGGCAGUGGUGUCAUGUAGCCGCUAUAAAAAUAAAUGCGGAGCACAUUAGUGCUAUCCAUUGUUGAUGUCUUUAGCAGCAGCUAGCAUCCCAGUCUCCUACUACCAGUGAUGGUCCACAGCGGUUUGUUGAUCUUCAAAAGUCAAUAUUCGACCAAAAGGUCGACAUUUUAUUUAGGUUUGACCAAGGCUUGUUGGAUCGACCCAGUUCGCAUUAAAAACCCUAUUUAAGUGGUUUGGGUGACAACCGCCGGUGGCUCUAGCUCUGCGAAGUUGGCUCUAUCUUAAGACUAACCUCGAUCCGAACACAUUGUCCGCCAUGAAGUAACGGUGACAUCAGGAUUUGCUAUUCAAUCAUGUUCGUCGGAGUGGGGCUUCAUGCUUCUAUUAUUUUCUUUCCUUCAUUUGUGACUUUUUUUUUCUUAGAUUUCAUAUCUUGCUCUAGGUCUGUUUUUUUUUUUGAGUUGCACUUCUUUAGGUUUUUUUGUUUUUCAGGUAAAUAUUUGUAUUUUCUGAUACCUUUUUGGGUUAAUUAUAUUUUAAUACAAUAUUAAUUAAAAUAAUAAUUUUAAAGAAACAAAAAAAUGAGCAUAAAUAACAAUUUAUUUGAUUUGUUUUUAUGAGAUAGAAUAGGAUAAAAGCGGCUGACAAAAAAAGAGAGGAUACAAGCGAUAAAAAGAACAAAAAGGUUGAAAGUUAACCUCGGGCGUUAGAUCAUAUCUUUAGCAGUGGUUCAUAUUGAGUUUGAUAGUGAUCUUUCUUAUUCUUUAUUAACCAAUAAAAAUUCAAAUUUUAAUUUCUUUUGUAUUUAAAUUUAAAUAUUUUAUUUACAAUAAAAAUCAAGUACAAAAUACAUAUUUUUAAUAUUUUUGUUUGAAUGUAAACCAUAAAUAUAAAAUUUUAUAGUGUAUAUAUUGAAUUAUAAGGUACUUUCAUUUGAAAAUCUUAAUAAGGUUAAAUUAAAAUAGGAAAAUCAAUCUAAAAAUGUAUAUUUUAAAGUUAUAAUAUAAAAUCAAAAUGCAUAUUUUACAUAUGAAACUAAAUUUUAAAUAUCAUUAUAUAAAUCAUAUGUUAUUGAUAUUUUUAUAUAUAUAAUAAAUAGUUAAAUUUUGGUAUAUAUUUAAAUAUUUUUAUAACGAUUUUUAUUUUUCUUUAAAAAAAUAAAAAGUUUGUAUAAGGGUUAUAUAUUUUUAUUAUACAGGGUUUGGAAUAUGGGGAUAGGAAAAGUUUUGUGUUCGUGUGAUACUUUUUUGAUGUCUUUUCUCUUGUUAUUUUAUUUUCCAUGUCGAGAACGCUCUAUAAUCCUAGAAAGCUAAAAUAUGUACAAAGAAAAUAGUGAAAUAAUACGUUGGAUAAUCAGACUCUUAACGACGCACAUAGACAUCUCCAAUAAACGGCUUCUAAACUGAACACAAAAAAUUUACAAUAUAAAUUUAGCGUUAAUAUAAAUUGAGUUCAUUACUUUAGAAAAAUCUGUUAGUAUUAUAUCACUUUUUCUUCUUCCGUCAACACCUGAAAAGUUUUACAUCUUUGAUUAGAUUUUCAGAAAAUGAUUUAUUCUUCCGAUGAAUGGUAUGAUGAGUCUUACAAUGUUGCAGUGACCAAUCGCCUCAUCGUAUCGUUUAAGCUUGAUCAAGCAAGCUGCCAUGUUUAUAUAGGUGGCAUGGGUUUUUGACUGCCAAAGCCAUAUCAUGGUACUUCCCAUACAGCUGAAACAUAAAAUCGUCCCCCAUGUAGGCAAUGGCCUGAGACCAAAAAAAAAACCAUGAUCAAAACCCGAAAGGGGAGACAAGAGUUUUAACAAGACUCCCACAGUAUGAUUGAAAACCAAAUAUUUUGACUGUAAAUGUUAGAAAGAAAGAGAAAAGAUCAAUAACCAUUUCAUACUGUUGCAUAGCCUCCUCCAAUUUAUCCUCUUUAAACAGAUUGUUCCCGUCCAUCUUCCUUCUUCCUUCUUCCUUCUGUCUGCUGCACCAAUCCUUUCCUCCACAGUCAUAUCACUGCGAGCCUUUCCCUGUACAAGUCCAUCCUCUCAACUCUCAAGUCAGCUUUAAACAUGUGGAGUUGUCAGGGUAAGGAGAGAAGAAACUGCUCACUAUAUUAAAGAGAAGAACUUGCCUCCCUUGUUUCGUUAAAUCCAACUUCAACCUCAUAUAACAAGUCCGCCAUAGGAGGAACAUUUGGAAAAGAAAAGUUCCCAUCUUUCCCAUAUCCCAGUUCCCAGCCAAUAUGCAAGCGAGCGCACGUUCACCAGACUUCAUGCUAGAAACACCGAUGGCCAAACCGGCAUUUCUUUUUUCUCUGCUCACUUCUUAGUCCACAGAUACCGGUCUGAGUUUAGACUGAAUGGUAUUAGAGUUUAGACUUAUUUUUAUUUUGGUUAAAAUAAAUGUAAUCUUUGAUAUAGAAAUUGCACAAUUUGUAAAAUUAAAUAAUAUUUUUUUAUAUUGUGUUUGUAGAGAAGACACAUAAGCAAAAUUUAAAAAAUCACUUUUAAAAUAGUGUCUAGGGAAUUACCAAAUCUAAAUCAUUUUUUUCUAAUCUCCCUAAUUGUCAUACGGAAAAAAACAUUCUGAUAAAAUAACAAAAGACA